CCUACACCACGAGAGCAUACUUGCUAAGAGGUUCUUCACGGAGUGGAGAGAAAGAACAAGAUCUAAGCUGCAGGAAUCUGAGAAGAUGUUUCAUGCCUUGGACCAUUAUCAUGUAUCCCUGAGUGCUAAGGCCUUGAAAAGAUGGAUGGAAUUCACAGUAGAAUCAAGACAGAGGAGUGAAUUUGAGAGGAAAGCAUCUGAGCAUGCCUAUAUUCAAUCAACCAGGAAAGCAUGGGAUAUAUGGAGAAAGUAUGUCUUACAUUGUAGACUGAAGGCAGUGAGGAAGGAGAGAGCUGAUCUUCAUUGUCACAGGAAACAGAUUAGGAGGGUCUUCAUUGCUUGGAAGUACCAUUGUCAGAAGAUGCGUGCUGUGUAUCAGGUUGUAGCAACCAAAGAAACAGCUGUCAAUCGUAGAAGACUCAGGCAUGCAUUUUCAGACUGGAAGGUCUAUGUAGAGACAGCCGAAGAGGAUAGAUUACUUGAGAGGAUUGCUAUCCAUCAUUGGAAUACAAGAAUACUCAACAAGAUUGUAAUGGCUUGGCAUGCAUAUGCUCAGCAGCAUGCAGCUGAUACUGCUGUGAAAGUCUGGAGAUUACAACAACUACAAGCUCAAUUAGAUAGAGGUAUAUUACGGAGAGCAUUUCUAGCGUGGAAGCAGUGUGCUAAGACAGAAGCAGAGGAGAGAAGGAGAGAGUUAAGAGCAGAUACUUUCCAUGCUGAGAAAUUGAGACAGAGAUGCUUCCAACAAUGGAAGGCAUACAGGCUUCUUGCCAUCAAGAAAACACUCAUGGCUCGGCAGGCAUUGUGGUUGAAUAGGAUCAGGAUGCAAGCAAAGUUCUUCAAACGAUGGAAACAUCAGUAUAGUGAAGCCAAAGAAGAGAACGGCAAGACAGUAAUGGCCUUAUGGCUCUGGAGUAUGAGACUCCAGCAGCACACACUCCAUGCCUGGAUCAGGUACGUCAAAGAACGUCGGAGGAAGAAGGCACGUAUCACACAAGCUCUUGAACAACGUAGGGUAGAGCUGCUGAAAGAAGGGGUGCGUCAGUGGCUGAUGGUAGCCGGGAGUUUAGGGGAGAGAAGGGCUGCAGUGGCUGCCCAACACCAUGCUCAGACAUCUCUCAAGUCCUACCGAGUUGUCCAACACUGUGCUACCCUCUGGAGACAGAAGACUAUCGCCAACAGAGGAAAGAAGAAGAAACAUCACAGCAUGAAACAGAGGAAGGUCAGGUUUGAAGAUGAGCAUCCUACUAGAGGUCAUAGGUCAAAGGUCACUCUCACUCCCACGACCCUAAUGUCAAGCAUGACAGUGGAACCAUUAGGAUCAAGGGGUCUUCCAGUGAUGAGUGCCUCUGUGGAAGAAAGGGUGAUGGAUCGUGCAGUAGGAGAAACCUCAUUUUCUACAAAACCUGUGAUGAGUAAAGUUCGCCCUCAACCCAGAAAGCCAGAUUUUCUCAGAGAUUCACUACAGAGAGAAGGACUAUGGUCACAGUCAGAUCUUCAUGCAAUAUCAAAUAAUUCUGAAGAAGAACACCACCAUAGUAUUCCUCAGAAGCGAAGCAAAGCACUGUCAUCCAUCAAACCAUCGAAUGAUCAACCACCCAUUAGUAGAACGUUUCAUGAUCCAUCAAAUUUGAAUGAACCUGUUGGAACAAGAAAACCCAUCCCUAAUAGUGUACCCCCAGAGGAUACUGAGAAGACUAGAUCAUGUGGAUUGGAGGGACAAUCUGAUGAACCAAGAACUACUGACAGUGAAUCUGAACAUUCUGAAAGAGAUGACAGAGAAAACAAGAAGAAAAAUUUUGAUACCAAGUUUGAUUCUAGAAGUCCCAGAGAAUAUACCUUAUCAAAGACUAAGGAUGGUCCAAGACUUACUCGGAGUAGUGAUGUUUCUAGGAUAGAGAUGAAGCCUCCUGUUCUUCUUCCACCAUCUGCUUUCUCAUCAGGCCAACUUUCUACCUCUUCUAGAACUUCUAAAGGUGCAUCACAAUCUACAUCUGAAAGAGUGGGCAUGUUGCCGAGAAGUACAUCUUCCAUUCCAUCUGAUGUUGAGCAAACCCAGAGGUUUGGUGAUGAAGUAAAAGACAAGAGUAGAGCAGAUUCCACUGAGGUUCUCUACGCUGAGAUACAAGGGCUGAAGAAUACCCUCCAAGGAUACCAAGAUAUGAAACAUAAACUCAAGAGAUUAAAGAGUCAGGAGGCUGAGUUACAGGGAUGGGUUAAGGAGCUAAACUUACCUUCUUCAACGGAGGACAGUGCAGCAUUACUGAUUGGCGAUGAACUCACACAGGUUCAUGAGGAGAUAGCUGUGCUGACAUCGGAGCUACACCAGAAGAAACCACACAUCAAGAAUAUCCUCUCACAGAUCACUCAACUAACUCAGCAAGCUACAGGGUGAUUUUAAGUAUGGUGUCCAAACCUGGUGUUGGUGCUUAAGCUACAUGAUUUAUAGAUAAGCCACAACACCCAACUGGAAGUUGGGAAGUCGCAACACUAUCAGUGUUGAAACAAUAUUAACUCUGGUCCCUUCACCAAAUUCAAGCCAGGCUUGUGUUGAGAAGAUUGAGUCAGUUACAUUCUCCUUGAAUGUAAAAUAUUGUUUGAAUCCUUGUGGAAUGUACAUGCAAUAAAUCAUCCUUGAUUUUAAUUGUUAUACAGGGGAGAGAUACUUUAGGCACCUUGUCAAAAGUCAGAUCUGAGUUUUUCCCGCUGAAAUUCUGCAAGUAGCUUUUCUUUACAAAUCAUCUUAGGCGCUGCAAAGAAAAGACACAUGGCAUCCAAGAGUGAUGCUAAAAAGUUAGUGAACCAUGUGAUGUGACGAGCACAAUAAUAACACAUCUUGACUCCAAGAGAUACUUUGCAGAGUGUCUCUAUUAAGUAUUAAUUCUAUCACAAAUGUAUCACAUCUGAAUAGUAGAUUGCGCAGUACACAGUAUUCAGUACAUGUACAUACACUACAUCCCCCUUCCCCUAGUUUUAAAGGGCAGCGAUACAACAAAUUAUUAGGAAGGCAAUUUACGAGCACAAGAUUAGUCAAUGUAAAGUUUGCUUUGUUCAUAUAGUCAACAUAAACAAUGAUAUUACACUUUAUAACUUGCAGUUUGAAAGACAUGACAAAAUCGUUUCGUUAUGCAGUCAGAUUUUUUGCCCUGAUUACCCAUUCCAUUAAGGCUUCAUAGUGGAGGGGCCGGUGACUAAGGAAUCAUACACUCAUACAUCCAAUAUAACCUAGGGGAAGUUGUCCUACCUUGUCACUUCUCACUGCACUCACUCGCAUGCACAGAAUAGGUCCAUUCCGGCUGGGGGUUGUGUGGAGAGUGUUUGCGUGUGCAUCUCUGGCGUACAGAUGUACCCUGUUCGGCAGAAAGCACAUCCGCGAUCGCCUUUGCUCAUCGCUCCAUGUUUUCACGCUCUUUCGAGUUUCUAAUGUUUUUUCCAUUCAUCCGAAACUCGCCAUGUGGUGAGUUGACAAGAUAGAUUCAUGAGCACUGAUAAAGCGACCCUGGAUCCACUCGCUUGGGCGUGCCUUGAACCACACAAGCUGGUCUGGCUUGAGAUGUGGGAGGUCUGGUAUCAUGAUACAUCGCUUGUUUACGUUUUCUUUCAAAUAACAGCUGUCCAGCUGGAGGGACAGUGUGUGGCCUUAGCAGCUUGAUGGGACAUGGGAGCUUGCUCUGCAAUAGCCCACUGUUCAACAGCUGUGCAGGAGCAUGACCAUCAGUCACAUCGACAGGCGUGUUCUUGUUAUGGAAUACAUCUGGUCUCUUUGCCUAGCUUUGCCUUUUUCAUUAAGCUCUUGAUCGUUUAAACACUUCUUUCUGCUUGGCCAUUGCUCUGCGGGUAUAUGGGGCUGAAUGUUAUAUGGCUAAAUUCCCACUGGCGUUCAAACUCUCUAACUCGGAGCAUUUGAAUUGCCGCGCAUUGUCAGUCAUUAUUGGGAAUACUGUUCUCGAGAAUAUUGCCUUCAUUUCCUGAGUGACCGUAUGUGCAAUUAAUUCCUGAAUUGGUUGCACCUCAGGAAAUUUCGAGUAGUAUUCAACCACCAGUAAGAAAUUUUUCCUGUCUAGAUGCAAUAUGUCUGCUCCUAACUUAGCCCACAGGUAAUUCGGGAUUUCAUGCGACUUUAACAGCUAGCUGCUCAGUGUAUUUUGAUUGACCUGGCAUACCGAUCCUAUUGCUACAGCCUCCUCUAAGUUUGCGUUCAUACCAGGCCACGCAAACAAAUUCCUUGCCCUUUACUUAAUCUUCACUAUCCCUAGAUGGGAUUCGUGGAGAGCGCCCAAUAUUUCGCUACGUAUGCUUGUCAGACGAAUCUACAAUUCGAUUGCCUCGACAUAUUACGUCAUCAAUCAUAACGAGUUCAUUGUGGUAGGCAUAACAUGCCGCAAUUUCUGCAGGAAGAUUAUGUUUGUCAUUAGGCCAACCUCCUAGAAUAUAUCUACUGAGUGUUUGAAGGAUGGUAUCCCCUUGGUCUGUUCUUUCAGUUGCUGGAGUUUUCUGCCGACAUGUGCAGAACACCUAUCAAAUCUACUUGAUCAUGCACCAUUUCCGAAGGCGCGUUCACACACGGCAAGCGAUUAUGCAUGCAUCUGGUUUGAACGUUUCUCUUCCUGGUUUCCAACACAGCUCUAUGUCAUAUCGCAAGAGGUUCAUUCUCAUGUGCUGGAUUCUCAGACUUAAUAGCUUGUACAACGGCUUUGCAAAUAUCCCUAUUUGUGGCUUAUGAUCGGUGUAGAAUUUGGUUCUCUGGCCUAUUUAUUUUUUAUUUAUUUAUUUCAUUUAUGUAGUCAAGGAGCAUUCGGCAAGCAUACAGUAUAGCGCAUAGCUCCUUUUCGAUCGGAGCGUAAUUCUGCUCUGCACUUGUUUACGCGGCACGAUGAAUAUGCCAUUGGUUGUUCUUUUUGGGUGAGAACAGCCCCAAAGCUUGAUUCAAUGCGUCAGUUGCCGAGACAACAUCCUGACGGAGGAUAUAUACGGUAAUCCUAGAACAGGCGCUGCUGUGAUAACAUGCUUCAAUUUAUGUAUGGCCUGGGUGUGUGUCUCGUCCCAUUGCCAGACAACAUCUUUCUCAGUUAACUGCCUGAGGGAAAGGGGGGGCUGUUAUUUGAGAGAGAUUGAGAAUGAAUUUUCCCAAGUACGUUAUCAUUCCCAAGAAUGUUUCUACUUCCUUUAGACAGGUGUGGUUUGGCACGUCCACCACUGAUUUGGCACGGUCUGAAACUUCUCUGACGCUGAUGCAAUACUGAAUGGGAGCAUCUUUCAUCUGUAGCACCCAUAAAAUGUUAGGUAUGAACUCUCCUCAAGCUCAGCAUACAAGAACAUGUUCUUUGCAUCAACUACUCAGAACACCUUUGCCCUAGCCAAAUCAGGCAAGAUGCAUUCUAUGAUCUUCAUUGGGUAGCGUUUUCUUCUGACCGUUUUGCUUGGGUUCUGUGGGUCUAGGCACACUCUCAAUUUGUUGUUAGGUUUGUUGACACACACUAGAUUGGAGACCCAUUCUGUUGGAAUAUCUACUGGGGCUACAAUAUCUGCUUCUACCAGCCUCCCUAACUCAGAUUUCAGUCUCUCCUUGAUAGCAACUGGCACCCGUCUUGGAGGAUGUACAAAAGGUCUUGUUGAUUCUACAUGUAGUUCUAUCUUGUACUGGCCAGGUAGUUUGCCCACUCUAUCUUCAAAGACAUCAGAAUACUCCUGACUCAGUUGCUCUGCUGAGCUCAGCUGUGGCGAGUCAGUCACCUCCAUGAUUUUGUCAUGUUGCACAACUAGUAGUCACAUCAAUCAACUGGUUUCACUACCCAGUAAUAUAGGAGUCAGCCUUCCAUUAUCCACAAUGAUGAAUUCCACAUCAAAGACCUCUUGACUCUUGGGAUUGACAACUGCUACGGUGCAUUUUCCCAUUGGUUGCAUCGUACUCCAAUUAUACAUUGACAGCAAUCCCUUGGUAGGUUGAAGUGACACGGUGCUUGCGUCAUUGCAUGAAGAAGGAAGCACAUUGCAGGUGGCACCACAAUCUACCUGAAACCUUACUGAACGCCCAGAUAUCAACAUGUUUCUAAAGAUCCGUUUCUUUGGCUUUUCUUGAAUACUUUUGAUCUCUUCUGGUUCAUGUAGUGAACAGUCUGGAUCAUCCUCUUCUCCUUCUGCAGCAAUGCCACCCAUCUCUGUUUUACACUGGUUCUUGAAAUGGUUUUUAUUUCCCAUAGGCAGGACACAUCUCCUUGACGAAGGCAUGUUCUUGCCCACAGUAUCAACAUUUACGCAUCUUUUGGACUCCUGAUUUCUGUUUCUUGGAUUGUUUACUUCAAGAGUGCUGGUUCGAUGAUUCCCUCACGGCAUGUACCGUAUCUGUAUCUUUAUCCAACACCCCAUCCUACUCUUUGUCAGUUCCGAUGCGCUGCAUAUCUGGAUACAGCCCUCUAAUGUCAAUACCGUUUCCCUCAUAAGACAUUCUCUCAGAACCGACUCCCUAAUUCCACAGACAAUGCUUACGAGACCAUCCGCCAGCUUGGAAAAAAUCGCAGUUUGCGGUGAGGAGUUUUAAUGAUGUCAGGUACACGUCAAAAGUCUCCCCUGCCUGCUGAUCUCUUGUGAAAAUUUUGAAUCGAUCCACAGUGUCGUAAUGGGAAGGAUUGCAAUGAUUAUCAAACUCCUUCAAAACCUCUGUAUCAUCCAAGGUCUCCAUUGCUGGCUCUGUGGUUUGGUACAGCUCUCUUCCCUUUUAUACUGCCAGCAAGGUACAGUAACAUUUUUACUUUAGUCUUAUCUUCUCUGUCAGCCAUGGCCAGGUCAAGAUACAACAUUAAUUCCUCCUUCCAGAGUGCCCAUACCUGCGGGAGGAUUUGUGCCUCCAAAUCAAGCUGUUGAGGAGGUUUUAGCGCUUCCAUAGUGACCUAUUUCAACAGCUUACAGUACUUAUAUAUAUCUAGUUUUAAAAUUUGGUGUAGUGUUCUGGCACAAUGUAGAUCGAGAAAAGUGUCCUUGUCCACAUGAUUUACACUUCUCCAACUCAGCUGGACACCUUUCGGCAUUUGUACAUAUCUGUCGAUAUGUACAGUAUUUACAGUUUGCUUGGGAUAUCGUCGACCACGUUGAUCUCGCCUGGAUGAUUUCGAAUAUGAGUUGUGGUCUUCGUCCUUUCCAGUUCCAUCUUGCCACCCUCUUCUCGUGCUUUCACAUCCUCUGCGCCUUGCUUGGAUGGCAUCCACGGCUCCUUUCUUGAUGCCGUCAGUGUGCGAAGAAGUUGUUUUACUUGCUCGGCUUUCGCUUCCACAAUGUACACAUUUCCAUGCAUUGCUUCAAAGUCAAGUUCUCAAUCUGUAGGAGCUUUUCCCGGAGGGCUUGAUCCUUUAUCCCACAGACCAUGCAAUCCUUCAGUAGGGAUAGUUGCUCAAACUCGCAAUCGUUUGCGAGCCUUUUAAUUUCCGUCAAGAACUUUGCAAAAGGUUCACCAUCAUGUGGCUUACGGGUAUUGAACAAAUGCCUGCUCACCGUUGUGUUCUUUUUAGAUUCGCAGUAAUUCCUGAAUUUCUGCUUCAAAACAUUAAUCCUGUCCCUUUUGUCAUUCGUGAAUGGAAAAGUUUGGCAUAUAGCCUGAGCAUGUGGCCCUGCCACCUGUAAAAAUGUUGCACAUCGGACAAUCUCAGGCUUCUCCGUCAGUUGAGUAGCAAUCUCAUACCCGUUAAAUUCCUGUAUCCAAUUGUUGAAGUUUUUAGACAAGUUUCCUUCAAAGGAUAGUUGUCCAGGAAGUCGCAGACCCGACAUAAUUAUCAAGUAUUCUUAAGAAAGCGCUGGUUCGUUAAAACUUCUGACACCAUGUGAUGUGACGAACACAAUAAUAAAUGUCUUGACUCCAAGAGAUACAGUUGCAGAGUGUCUAAAUUAAGUAUCAAUUGUACCAACACAAAUGUAUCACAUAUGAACAGUAGAUGGCACAGUACAAAGUAUUCCGUAUAUUUACAUGCAUUACCAG